AUGGUUGACGUCGCUGUGCCGCCGGAGAUACCGCUGAAGAUCCUCAAUGUCUUCACCGAUCAAGACGGUGACAUCCGAGUCAAAGAAGACAACCUCCGAGAAGUGCUUAGUCGCUUUCGCAACUACAGCCGCGACAUCACCGUCCAGGUCCUGAGCACUCUUCGCAAUGAGCUGGCAGACCAGGUCGGCGCUGUCAGGGACAGCGCCGAGCUGGCUCGGGCGCAGCUGGCCGAGGACCUGCACAACGACCUCGCCACGAAAAAGGUGCUGGCAGAGGUCGAGGAACUCGCACAGGGUGCACAUGCCAAAGCAGAUGUGCUUGGCGUGCAGCUGAAAUCCAUGGAUGGCAGGCUCCGUCAAAUCGCUGCAACCGUGGCCAGUCAGGCUCAGACGUACUCAGGGUCCGAUGACCUGGCCAUGACAGCCCCCGCCGUCAUGAGCUCUUCAACGCUGAACGUGGAGAGGGAGCCGAGUGAAACCUUCGCCGGAAUUUCGGCCCCGGCCCGCGGGGCGACCUUCUCGCCGAAGUCCGAAGCCGGAGCUGUCAAUCGAACCUUCUCGGCUCGUUCCGCCGCCGGUACACAAGCGCCAGAGCCAGCGCGGAAUGCAGCUAGCAAAGCCGACGUCGAGGCUCUGCUGUCUUCCCAGGAGGCUCUUUGGAAGGAGGCCGUGGCUGCGGUGCAAGAGGAGGUGGCGGACCUCUCAGCCAAGCAGAAGGAUCUGGAAAAGUCUCUGCAAACUUCUGCCACCAGCUCGGACCUGGAGGCCCUCCGUGAUCUCCAGAAGGCGGCAGACGAGCAGUUGUCGCAAGUCCGACUGGAGAUCAGCGAGGAGCUUGCAGAGAUCCAGCGGUUCGCGCUGCAGACCUACGAGGAUGGUGCCUCCUCCAUGACGAGCCGCCUGGACUCGGACAAGCACGAGAUCGAGGGCAGCUGCAUCCUGAUUUUUCUGCCGCGGGAUGGGAGCCCAACUCCAGGCUGGCGAUUCGAUGAUGUGAUAGUCGGAGCCUGUGGCCGAAUCUGUUGGAGUGAUGUGCCGAAGAUCGACGCGCACUCCUCAAAAAGCAGCAGCUCGCCACCGGAAUUGGAUGAGUGGGCGAGGACGGCCCGGGUGAAGGGCACUCCGGUGAUGGAUGAAGGCUUCAUAUGCAUGGGCAGCAAAGCUCCGGUCUGCCCGCCGCAAGCCAAGCAAGUUCCCGCAGGCCCCAUCACUCUGGCGACUUUGCAGGGAUCGUGGCUGGGCUCGGGUGGUGCCAAGAUUUUCGUCAUCGGCACGGAUGUCAGCAUCAAUGGCUUGCCCCUCAAGGCUCACAAAGUGGAGCUGAAUGACGACGGCGUUGUGGUCAGCAUUGGCAAGCUGUGGCAACUACAG